AUGAAGAGGAGGCGCAUCGACGAGGAGGGGGAAGGGGUGGACAAGUCCGGAGGAUUGGCACCCGACGCCGAUAGUGACCGUGACGUUGGCACAGCGUGGCUUCUCGACGACCCGAACCUGCUGGAGCUCAUCCUCGACCACUGCCUCCCCAUCCAGCCUUCCAACGAAGUGGACCACCCGCUGCGGGCGGUCAACAGGGCCACGAGGCGAGCGUGGCGCGCGCACCCGAUCAGUCUGCCCUUCCACGUCUACAACACUCUCAGCGAGGCCACGCCCAAGCCAGCGUCCCAGCUUCCACUCGACCACAGGGCACGUCUGUCCUUGAAGCUUGUGGAAAUGCUGGAGCACGCCAUGGCCAACUUCAAAAGCGAGGCCGAAGAAGAACACCAGCAACGCCAGGCCAACAUCGCGACCGAGCAGAAUCGCCUCCAGCUUCUGGCGCGCGUCGAUGCGUGGGUCGCCGAGAUGAGGGAUAAGGAGUUGAUGAAGAGGGAUGGCGGCACGCUGUCCCCCGACGAGGAACGGGAGCUGCUUAGGCUGGGCGAAGAGGCCAGAGCGAUCGUCAGCCGCGCCACAGACAUUGUGAUGAACUGUCUGCACCACUACAACGGCGACACGUACUGCUGGCGCAAGGAGACGGUUUCCUUUGUGAUCGGAGAUGCUGAGUUCCUGCAGACAUUCAAUCAGGAGGUUGAUGGGGCAUGUGAAGAUGAUGAGCUUGAGAUUCCAGAGGAGCUUGAAGAGCUGAGGGAGCAGUGGGGCACCACUCUGGAUCCCCAGACCCUGCACAAGCUCUUUAGGUUCCUGCUCACCCGGCAGGUCUCGCAGCAUGAGUAUACAUUUGCAGAGACCUAUGAUUGA